AUGGUGGCUAUUGCUUACCUCCGCAUCGCCGAACGCGCCGUCCCAGAGCCCCUCGCAUCGACAAAGCCCUCUACGGUGAAGAUAUGUGCGACUCUUUUCGCCCUCCGCGCGAUGACGCCCGACGACCCGGACAACGCACCGACGCCCUUCCAGCUGCUUGGCCUCGACCCGUUGUCAGCGCCCUUCUACCCACCGGGUAGCUCUGCAUUUCCCGGGUCCUGCGAGCGACAGAAGGCGGAGGGGCAACGCGCGGCGCAAAAGGCGUUUGUCACAGCGAGCAACUUCGCCGCGACGAUGAUCAUCAACGACGCCGCAAGGAUGCAGUAUUUGCUCAGGGUGCAGCCGGAGAUAGAGAGCUGGGCAGGCAGGGUGAGGGCCGUCGACGGACUCUGUGGUCAGGUGUGGCGGGACAUGGGAUGGGUGGUUUAG